UAGGUUCAGCAGAUGUUGUAGUCGGACUAGAUAUUGUAGGUGGACUAGAUGUAAUAGGCGAACUAGAUGUGGUAGUCGUAGCUUCUGAGGUGGUGGAGGUAAUCACUCGUUCAGUGUUGGAGGGAAUCACUCGUUCAGUGUUGGAGGGAAUCACUCGUUCAGUGUUGGAGGGAAUCACUCGUUCA